AAAUUCUGUCACGAAAUUUCAGCUGUAUUAUACCGGUUCAGACGUGCUCUCUCCACCACCAUAUAAGGCGGACUCUACCGGCUGUCUCUACCCGUUGCUUUUUCUGUCUCCACCUGUGUUCUACAGCAGGGAAAGAAGACAGUGGCAUGGGUUCAGCGAGCGGAAGCAAACCUCCUUCGAAGCCAAUUAGGAGAGAAAUCGUCGUCUCGUCUCUUUCCCCUUCAAACCCCUGCGGAGAAACUACUGCAAACCCUAACCCCAACCUUAAACACGACCCCGACAUCGCCUUGCCGGGCUUUACCGGCGGAGCUGACGCUGGAUCUACGGCCAUGUCGAUCGAUGGAGCGGAGGAGGACGAUGCGCUUGCUGGCGCGGAGUUCCUUUCACGGGAGGAGGUCCUCCGCCGCCGCUCUCGGCGACUGAAGCAGUUGUAUCGGUGCUAUCGUAAGCAUUAUUGGGCGCUUAUGGAGGAGAUUAGGGUCAAGCAUAGGGAUUAUUAUUGGGAGUUUGGGAAGAGUCCGGUCGAGGAGGACAACGCUGCAAGUGGACCUGGGGUGGUAGUUGGGGAAGCGGGACUAGGGCAUCCGGAAGGGGAAAAUGGCAGUUAUUCCAGGGGUGAGAGAAAGCGAUGCGCUUACAUUGGGUGCAAGUCGAAGGCUAUGCCGCUGACUAGCUAUUGUCAUCCUCACAUUCUCUUUGAUACCAAGCAGACGCUCUACAAGCCUUGCAAUCAUGUUAUUAAGAGCACAAAUAAUGGUCCUCACAUAUGCGCCAAGCCCGUCCUUAGAGCUGCAGUCCCAUCUCUAUGCCCUGCCCACUUUCAGAGGGCUCAGAGGCAAGUUUCACAAGCUUUGAAGAAAGCAGGAUUUAAUGUAUCCUCUUACAACAAACCUUUUCCAAAGCUCAGUGUGGUGAUUUCUGAGUGUGUGAAGCAGAUUCAAGCUAAAAGACUUAGAAAACGGUCUGGGAAAACUACUGCAGACAAUGAUGAAAAUGUUACAUGAUGUAUGACCUUUGUUUUAAGGUUUCCGCUUGAGAUUGAAAAAAAUAACAUCAGCAUUAGUAAAGGACUCAGUACUCCAGACCCUGUGCAUAAUUCUUAAAGUUGUUCAAGGUUUUUGAGCUGUUCUCUCAAACAUUACAGGUUUGAAGAAGUAGCUAUCGGUCCCAGUGAAUGGCUCACUUUGAUUCAAGGAUAUCAUUUGUGUUGGUCGUUCAAUAACCACAUUUAGCUUCCUUCCCCUUAUCUGCUUGUUACUAGAGAAUUCUUUUUCAUAGUUGAAUUUGCUACACAUGUAUAUCAUUCUAAGGGCUUAUUUUGUUGCUCGCAAAUAGAAAAUAUGUUUUAGAAAAUGAUGAUUUUGUUUUCAUUUAUUUUGAGUGUGAAAAUAAUAUCAUCAUAUUUAAGUGGGUGUUGAGAUGGUUUGUGGUGUUUGAAAUCUAUUUUGAUUUCUAUAAAUUUAACAAACUAAGGCUUCGUUUGGGGAGAAAUUAUUCUGUGCCGAGUCCAAACGCAAAACGCCGUCUGGAGACCAACCAGAAUGUGCCACGUUAGCACUACCGAGCAAGGGGGUGAUGUGGCGCAUUAUGGUUGGUCUCUGGAUGGCAUUCAGUGUCCGCACAAAAUAAUUAAUCUCGUUUGGGACGGCUUUUUGACUACUUAAAGCAGUUUUUCAGCACAAAAAAAUGAAAUUUUACGAAGCAGUAAGAAAGCCAUCCCAAACGAAGCCUGAGCAACCAAAUAAGCCCUGACCAAAAUCUGUGAAUCUCUAUCCUUUUGAACGCCGACGCACUGCGACUGCCACUUUGAUGCUUGUAUUCCUUUCAUGUUUGUCUACGGCAUACGCUCAGUCAGGCUAUACUUAAUUCACCUUAAGAUUAGUUGAUCUGCUUAAAGAACAUCGAUGUACAAAUUCUGGUAAAUUAUUGUGUGCUUAGGCUGGUUUUAUUUGCUGUUUAUUCAAACCUUUUUGCUAUAAUCAAGUUGUAUAUAUCAGAUUUUUUUCAA